CAAAGAGUUCCGAAGCCUCCGCGCUUCCUAGAAGUCAAGCCUCAUGGCGGCAAUCCUGCCCCAUCUCGGAGACCAGGACUUGGAAGCUGUAUUCCUGACAGCUGGGUGGAAGGAGUUGCUGUCCUUUGAGGAUGUGGCUAUGUACUUCACCAGAGAAGAGUGGAACAAACUUGAGCGGGCUCAGAAGGACCUCUACAGAGAUGUGAUGCUGGAGAAUUACAGAAACAUGAUCUUGUUGGGAUUUCAGUUUCCCAAACCUGAGGUGAUCUGCCUGCUGGAGCAGUGGGAAGAACCAUGGAUCCUGGAUCUACCAAGAGCCGGGACUAGGAAGGCUUCCAGUAGUGCUUGCCCAGGUUCUGAAGCCAGAUGCAAGACGAAAAAGCCAACUCCAAAGCAGAAAAUUUCUGAAGAUUUAGAGUUGUCAGUGGUAAAGCAGACAACGGCCAAGAGAUCUGCAGAAAGGUUACAUAAAUGUAAUGAAUUGGUGGACAUUUACAGACUUGCAUUCCCCACUCUUGGUGAUGAAUGCCACAAGGACUUCCUUCAAAACCUCCACCUUACUCAAGAUCAGAGUGCUCAAAUAAGGAAGAAGCAGGGCAAAUGUGAGGAGUAUGGAAAACCUUUCAAUCAGAGAUCGUUGCUUUUGCGGCAUAAGCAAAUUCUUACAAACGCAAAAUCUUAUGAAUGCAGUGAAUGUGGAAGAGUCUUCAGGCGUCAGGCAAAUUUCAUUCGACAUCAAAGAAUUCACACAUCAGAGGAUCCCUUUGAAUGCGACAUAUGCGGGCAAGCCUUCAAACACAAGUCUACUCUUCUUGUCCAUAAACAGUGUCACCCUCAAAAAAAGCCAUAUAAGUGUCAUGACUGUGGAAAAUUUUUCCGUCAGAUGGCAUAUCUUAUUGAACAUAAAAGGAUCCAUACCAAAGAAAAGCCCUAUAAAUGUAGUGAGUGCGAAAGAACGUUUAGUCAGAAUUCAACCCUUAUUCGACAUCAGUUAACCCACAGUGGAGAAAAACCCCAUAAAUGUCACGAAUGUGGAAAGGCCUUUGGUCGGCAUUCGACCCUUCUGAGCCAUCAACAGAUUCAUACUAAACAAAACACUCACAAAUGCAGCGAAUGUGGAGAGUCCUUUAGCCGGAAUGUGGAUCUCAUUCAGCAUCAAAGAACCCAUACCAAGGAGGAAUUCUUUGAAUGUAGAGAAUGUGGAAAAACUUUUAGUUUUAAGGCAAAUCUUCAUCGCCAUGAGGUCAUUCAUACUGGAGAGAGACCCUACAGAUGUGACAAAUGUGGAAAAUCUUUCAUCUGGCGCACAAGCUUUAUUAAGCAUCAGGGUACUCACAGAGAACGGAUAUCAAUGUGAUACUAACUGGAAAAAGACCAU